AUGGUGAUGUCAGCUGGUGCGAGCUCCAUCCUGCUGCCGCUGGUGCUGCUGCUGUGCUGGGUGGUCCCCAGUGAGCAGGAGCCUCCCCUGGUGCAGCUGCGGCUGAGUGCUACCUAUGGCCAAGGGGAAGGCCCCAUCUGGCUGGACAACGUGCGAUGUGGGGGGAGUGAGGGCUCCCUGGCAGAGUGCGUCCACAAUGGCUGGGGCACCAGCGACUGCCACCACGGCGAGGACGCUGGCGUGGUGUGCUCAGGACAGCGCCUGCCCAGUGCACUCCCCCAAGCCACCACUUCUCGUCACCUGGGAGACGUGCUGGGCCUGAGGCUGGAAGAGGUGCGGCUGAAGCCCAUCCUGGCGCGGGCCAAGCUCAGCAUGCCAGUGACAGAGGGGGCUGUGGAGGUGAAGCACAAUGGGCGCUGGAAGCAGGUGUGCGAUGCUCGCUGGACCAGGAACAACAGCCGUGUGGUCUGCGGCAUGCUGGGCUUCCCCCAGGAGAAGCACAUCAACACCAGCUUCUACCGGAAGCUCUGGAACAUGAAGCUGAAGGAUCCCAACUCCAGCCUGAAGACCCUCAGCCAGAAGAACAGCUUCUGGGUCCACAAAGUGCGGUGCCAGGGCACAGAGCCCCACCUGGCCCACUGCCCCACACAGGUGGACCCACCAGCCCCCCGCCAGCAUGCCUGCCCCCGUGGCAUGCAUGCCAUCGUCAGCUGCCUCCCUGGCUCUCCCUUCCAGAAGAACACAGGCAAGGGCAGGAGCAAGACCUCUGCAGGAAAGGUGCUCCCGGUGCGGCUGCGAGCAGGCACCCACAUCGGCGAGGGCCGGGUGGAGGUGCUCCGCCACGGGCAGUGGGGCACCGUGUGUGACAAGCAGUGGGACCUGGCCGCGGCCAGCGUGGUGUGCCGGCAGCUGGGCUAUGGGACAGCAAAGCAGGCCCUGGUGGGAGCCCAGAUGGGCCAAGGCCUGGGCCCCAUCCACAUGAGCAACAUAAGGUGCACCGGCCAUGAGCGCUCCCUGGACGAGUGCCGCUUCCAGAACGCCGAGCAGAGUGGAUGCCGGCAUGAGGCCGAUGCCGCCGUCCGCUGCCACAUGCCCCAGAUGGACUUCCAGAGCCAGGUGCGGCUGGCUGGAGGCCGCAGCCCCGAGGAAGGAGUGGUGGAGGUGCUGGUGCCAGUGCAGGGGCGGCUACAGUGGGGUGCAGUGUGCGGUGCACAGUGGGGGCUGAACGAGGCCAUGGUCAUCUGCAGGCAGCUGGGGCUGGGCUUUGCCAGCCAUGCCCUCCAGGAGACGUGGUACUGGGCAGGCAGCCCCGAUGCCACCCAGGUGGUGAUGAGUGGGGUGCGCUGUGCCGGCACUGAGCUGGCUCUCCAGCAGUGCCAGCGCCAUGGCCCAGUCCACUGCCCCAGCGGCGGGGGACGUUUCUCAGCAGGUGUCACCUGCACCAGCUAUGCCCCAGACCUUGUGAUGAAUGCCCAGCUGGUGCAGGAGACAGCCUACCUGGAGGACCGGCCGCUGGGGCUGCUGUACUGCGCCCAUGAAGAGCGUUGCCUCUCCCGUUCCGCCGACCACAUGCAGUGGCCCUAUGGCCACCGCCGCCUCCUUCGCUUCUCCUCCCAGAUCCACAACCUGGGCAGAGCUGAUUUCCGACCCAGAAUGGGGCGCCAUGCCUGGACCUGGCACCAGUGUCACCGGCACUUCCACAGCAUUGAGGUCUUCACCCACUAUGACCUGCUGACACUCAAUGGCUCCAAGGUGGCUGAAGGGCACAAGGCCAGCUUUUGCCUGGAGGACACCAACUGCCCUGAGGGGCUGCAGCGACGUUUUGCCUGCGCCAACUUUGGGGAACAAGGGGUGAGCGUGGGGUGCUGGGACACCUACCGCCACGACAUUGACUGCCAGUGGAUCGACAUCACUGACAUACCACCAGGCAGCUACACCUUCCAGGUGGUCGUAAACCCCAAGCAGGAGGUGGCCGAGUCCGACUUCUCCAACAACGUGAUGCGGUGCCAGUGCAAGUAUGAUGGGCAACGCGUCUGGAUGCACGGCUGCCACACAAGCGAUGCCUACAGUGCCAAUGUGGUGAAUGAACUGGAGCAACAGGAGCGCCUGGUCAACAACCUGGUGUGA